GCGUAAUGGUGCACGACUGGACGGCAGAUGUUUCACCACCGGGACAGUCUGUCUCUGCACACAUUAUCUGAACCCUUCUGAGUUUUUUUCUUCUUAGCGUAGGCGUGUGUUAACUUGGUCUCCUUGCGAUUUAAAAGUUACCUAAGAAGAAAGAGAGAAAGAGGAAGGGGGAAAAAAGUGGACAACCUCUUCAAACCGUCCCGGUUUUUACCGGGGAGUUGUCGUCAUCAAUACCACAGAUGUCCCCCCCUUUGCUCCCUGAAUGGAUAGGGCAGUCUUGGUCUAUGCAGCUCAUUGCAGGCCAAAAGAUUGGAAACAACUUGUGAGUAUCCGUCAGUUUGGCGUCUAGAGGGAAACGCUCAGAAAUGCCCGGCUGCUUCGCUGGAGCUCAACUCUGAGGACUUUUCUCCUGCAUUUGUGCUUUUCCAGGAGGGAGAACUCUGAUCUCAGUUUGCAGCAAGAAGGAAAACUUAGCGCUGAAGUGGCAGCUCUCACAUUAUAGUCCUCGCUAUGGAUUGUAUGUAUUUAUUGAUGUGCUUUUCACUCAGUCAAGUAUUUUUGGAGUGUAUUUUCGCAGCAAAAGCGCAUGAAAAAAUCUCUGGAAAGUUAAGUGAAUAUGGUCUUAUCGUGCCAUUCAGCACAGACUCCCAUGGCCGGUACAUUUCUCAUGUGGUCUCAGCUGGAAUUGGAAGUAAAGGUGCUGCUGCUCCUGUUGUUGAUGCUGUCUCAGGCUUUGGCAGCAGAAGAAGGGUGGCCCGCAGUGCCUCUGAGAUGCCCUCAGUCACCUCAGCGUCGGCUCAGCACUUAUUUUUCAAUGUUACUGUGUUUGGGAAAGAACUGCACCUCCGCUUGAGGGCCAACAGGAGGCUGGUAGCCCCAGGGGCUUUUGUGGAAUGGCAAGAGGACUUUAAGGAAAAGGCCAAGGAACGAAUCCAAGGAGACUGUGUUUUCAGUGGAGAUGUGACUGACAUGCCAGAUGCUUCUGUGGCUAUCAGCAAUUGUGAUGGACUGGCAGGCCUGAUCCGGACUGAUAAUGGGGAGUUUUUCAUUGAACCCCUUGAGAAAGGCCAACAGGAUGUGGAAGUGAAGGGGCGUGUCCAUGUGGUCUACCGCAGAUCAGCCAUAAAGCAGGAGACAGGCCAGCGAAGGGAAGACCUGCACAAUGAAGUGGCAGACAUUGGGAUUGCAGACCUCCCCAAAGCUCUGGAUCUUGUUGAACAUAAACUUUCUGAGUCUGAGCGCAAGAGGAGGCAUGCGAAGAAAGAUGACUACAACAUCGAGGUGCUGCUGGCUGUUGAUGACUCGGUGGUCCGUUUCCACGGCAAGGAGCAUGUCCAGAAUUACGUUCUCACACUCAUGAACAUAGUUGAUGAAAUCUACCAUGAUGAAUCUUUGGGGACGAACAUCAACAUUGUCCUUGUCCGCAUGAUAAUGGUGGGGUACCGGCAGUCCAUAAGCCUGAUCGAACGUGGCAACCCAUCUCGCAGCCUGGAGCAGGUGUGCCGAUGGGCCAACACGCAGCAGCGCCGCGACCCUGACCAUGCCGAGUACCAUGAUCACGCCAUCUUCCUCACAAGGCAAGAUUUUGGUCCCGCAGGGUAUGCUCCAGUGACGGGGAUGUGCCACCCACUGAGGAGCUGCACUCUGAACCAUGAGGAUGGCUUCUCCUCUGCCUUUGUGGUUGCUCAUGAAACCGGCCAUGUGUUGGGUAUGGAGCAUGAUGGCCAAGGGAAUCGUUGUGCUGAUGAGACCAGCAUGGGUAGCAUCAUGGCACCACUUGUCCAAGCAGCUUUUCACCGCUAUCACUGGUCACGUUGCAGCAAGCAGGAGCUCAACAGAUACAUCCACUCCUAUGACUGCUUGCUGGAUGAUCCCUUUGAACAUAAGUGGCCCAAGCUUCCUGAGCUCCCUGGAAUAAAUUAUUCAAUGGAUGAACAGUGCCGCUUUGAUUUUGGUGUUGGUUAUAAAAUGUGCACUGCUUUUCGAACCUACGACCCCUGCAAGCAGCUGUGGUGCAGCCACCCUGACAACCAGUACUUUUGUAAAACUAAAAAAGGUCCUCCUGUGGAUGGAACAGAGUGUGCACCAGGAAAGUGGUGCUUCAAGGGUCAUUGCAUCUGGCGAACCAGCCAGGAGCCUCAGGGCCAUGAUGGAAGUUGGAGUUCCUGGUCAAAGUUUGGCUCUUGCUCCAGAACAUGUGGAGGUGGAAUUCGCUCCCGCAGCAGACUGUGCAACAAUCCUCCACCUGCCUACGGUGGUAGAGAUUGCCCCGGGUCUGCGUUUGACUACCAGAUGUGCAACACAGAGGAGUGUGCAGGCCCUUACGAGGACUUCCGUGCUCAGCAGUGCGUCCAGAGAAGCAACAAAUACCAUAAAAACAUCAAGCACACCUGGCUGCCUUAUGAGCACCCAGAUGAGGCCCGUAAAUGUGAGCUGAGCUGUCAGUCAAAGGAAACGGGAGAGGUGGUAUCUAUGAACCAGGUGAUGCAUGAUGGGACUAGAUGCAGCUACUUAGACCCAUUCAGUGUUUGCGCUCGAGGAGAGUGCCUGCAUGUAGGCUGUGACAAGGAAGUUGGGUCUUACAAGCAAGAGGAUAAAUGUGGAGUUUGUGAAGGAGACAACUCUCACUGCCGCACUGUGAAGCUGACACUCACCAAGACCCCUAAAAAGAACGGAAUGCUGAAAAUGUUUGACAUCCCAAUAGGGGCCCGCCACAUAGUCAUUGAGGAGAACGAGACCUCCCCUCAUAUAAUUGCUGUGAAGAAUCAAGUAACUGGAAACUUCAUACUGAAUGAAAAAAGUGAAGAUGCCAAAUCAAAGACCUUCAUUGAAAAUGGUUUACAGUGGGAGUAUUCCAUUGAGGGUGAGAGGGAGACAUUGAAAACAACUGGCCCUCUGCAUGAAGGGAUCAUAGUCCUGAUCAUUCCUCAGGAAGAAGAUGCAAAAGUUAGCUUAACAUAUAAGUACAUCAUACAUGAGGACCUGCUACCACUUAUUACCAACAAUAAUGUUCUUCUCGCCGAAUUGGACACAUAUGAGUGGGCACUAAAAAGCUGGUCUCAGUGCUCCAAACCCUGUGGGGGAGGCAUACAGUACACCAAAUAUGGAUGCAGGAGGAAGAGUGACAGCCGUUUGGUGCAUCGUAACUUUUGUGAAACCAGCAAAAAGCCCAAACCCAUCCGAAAACGCUGCAACACCCAAGACUGCAGCCAGCCCACGUGGGUGGUAGAAGAGUGGAGUCCUUGCAGUAAGACCUGUGGAAAACUCGGGUACCAAACCAGGGUGGUGCAGUGCAUGCAGGCGCUUCACAAUGGUACCAACAAAGUGGUCCACAGCAAACACUGCACUGAUGAACGUCCAGAGAUAAGGAAAGCCUGCAACCAUACUGUAUGUCCUGCCCAGUGGAGGACAGGGGCAUGGUCUCAGUGCUCAGUGACCUGUGGCGAAGGCAUUCAGCAGAGGCAGGUGGUAUGCAAGACCAGUGACAACACCAUUGGAGAAUGCGAGGGCGAGAAACCGGAAACAAUCCUCAUUUGCAAAUUGGGACCAUGUUCAGGACAUCCAGGGUCUUCUCUCGACGAACAAAUAAUGGAAAACUCUACAAUAAAAGACAAAGCUGUCUAUCUAAGAGUUCCAGAAAACCCUGUCCAAAAAAUCUCUUCAAAUGAGCCAUGUCUGGGGGAUAAAUCGAUUUUCUGCCAAAUGGAAGUCCUUUCCCGGUAUUGUUCCAUCCCUGGAUAUUAUAAGCUUUGCUGUGAGUCUUGUGACAAGAAAGAAAGCCUCACUACCCAUGUUCCUGACUUUCACACCCCAGUAGCCUUAGCUGAACCUGACAUCUCAGCUCUUUCUCAUCCUGCCUCUUCCAAGCCACCUCAUGUCACCACAACACAGACCCCGCCAAAAACCACUAAAGCCAUCACUCGACGGCGUCUUUUCACUACCCCGGUGCCAACUACAGCUGCCACUUCUCAAACUUCACCACAGACAAAUGCUGCUCCGCCCCAGCAUCCCACCAGCGAAUCCUUUCUCACUGCUGGAAAGAGAGAUUCAGAUGCUGGGCCAGUUCUACCUCCGGGGCCGCCACGGCCUACAGCAGACUCAAGUGGAGGUGCCUCUAAAGAGCACAGCCCAAACAGCACUUUAGGCCCAGCUGCUGCAAGAUCAAGAAGGGACACUUUAGGAUCAGAGAGGGACUCCAGUCACAGAAACUUGUCGGCUCAGAAAUGAACAGUGAACAGUGUUGUGAAUGUGCUGUUCGGUGAAAUGGUCUCAAAUAUCAGCACACCCUUUGCAGUAUGUGAUUUACUCAAAGUUUUUCUUUUUUUUUUAUUAUUAUUAUUAUUUUUCUGUCCAUGAUAGUGAACUUAGACCAGCCCAGUGGUGGUUACCUCAUCAAAACUUCAGAGCGAUCUGGUGCACGGCGUCGCUCGGCCGUGUGUGCUUCAAAUAUGAAAUGGAAAAAAAAAGUUUAAACAAAGGUGCUGUAAACUAAAAUGACUUCAAAAUGUGAUGACUGCAUUGCUACAUUCAUGUUUUUAUCUGUGUACAGUUGUGCAAGCCUGUUGUUUUUUCAAGUGCAUUAGAACUACUAUUAAACUCGUGAACAUAAGGAGGUCAUAGACUAUGGUUUUGGAGGUGCACGUGCCAGCUAUGGGGUCUGGAGUGUGCCACCAGAAUAAUUAUAAACCUUAUACUGUAUUUAUAAUAUAGAGCUACAUUUUUUAAAGACAAAAAAAAUCCUUAUCCCUGUGUAGUGUCAUUGUCUCUGCCAGAUGCCAUUUUAUGACAGCUUUACCCACAUAUGAAAUGCAAGAAGUAGCUACAGGACUGGCAGGUUAGCUGUUAUGUUGUACAUAAUAGUUAUUGGUCUAAACUCAAAAAGCCCUGGCAAAAAAAGUCUUAUGUAUUAACCUGGCGUAUUCUAUCAAAUACCAUGCUAAUUCCAUUUAUUGAUACAGUAUCCAUCCAUAUUCUUCCACUCUUCUAAGUUCGGGUUGCAGAAGAAGUAGUUUAAUCACAAACCUCCCUGGCCCCCUACUCGAGCUCAUUUGGAGUCCCAGAUGAUAACCCAUCCUGAUAGGGCUCCUUCUUGAAAUUGACAGCUCCCUUUAUCCCCAUUGUUGCCACAACAGGUGUCAAACCGACUUGCAGCCACAGCUCUGUAAAGCCACCUUGGCAAAGGAGAUGUGGAACAGUCUGUUCGGACUAAAGUCCCCUGCCUCCUUUGAACGUUGUCAAAGUUUGAGUGGGAAAGGAAGAUGUCAUAUAUUAGGGCCUCUAGCAGAUAUUCUGAGCGCACCCUCACUAAACAUCUUGGAAUGCCGGGCCUGUGAAGCAUCCUCCCUUGCCACAGGAUCCAACUCACCACUAGGUGAUGAUCAGUUGACACCUCAGCUACUGUUGUGACUAAGUUGCUAGCUAAAGGCCUAGUCAAACGUUGCAGGGAAAUACAACUAAGCAUCUACUGAACAUUUUUUUUUACUUUAAAAAACUCAAUUUGUGUCGGUACAGAGAUUAUGAGUGUCAAUUUAGCUCCAUUAAUAACAAAAGAGCAAUAGUUUGAUAAAUGUGCAUAUAUAAGAUAUGCUAAUUAGCCAUGUGGUCAUGUCGCUUACCCUCGAUCUGUUAUGAGCUGCUAAUCUCGGCUCAACCAGUCUGGUAAAAACUGCAUUCAGGUAAUUCAGGUAAAGAGUGAAUUGGAAUUAAAAUACAUGACAUGAUCUAAAAGCAAAUGAACUUAAAUGAUUAAAAACAAGUAUUUAAAGAUAGAAGCUAAAUUCAGAGAGUCAUUACACCAAAUUAUUAUUUAACCAACUGUCAGAUUGUCGGAUGUUCUUACAUUUCUAGCUGUUUUUCCUCCUAGCUUGAUGUUUGUUUGUUUUUUAACAAAUUGAAUAUGCUUAUUAAAUAUACAUCCAAGACAAUGGUAUAAUCGUAUUACCUUACUAACUGAUCACAAUCAAGCACUCUUGAAUUCUACAGUUAUCCUGGAGGUACCCUCCAAACCUCAUGCCAUCACUCCUGGCAGGGAGCUCAGUGGCUUCUCUAUCCCUGGUGCUCUUUUUUGGUGUCCGACAUACCGCUGAUUAUCCUCACUGACAGGAAAAAUCAUGACCGUUUGCAAGCCAUCCCCACUGUAGCAUGCCCGCUGUCUGUUUUUGUGGACGUCAGUCAAUUAAUGCUUUAAAAUGCUUUUCAGAAUAUAACGCAUUAUGAUAUAUAUUUUUUUUGUAACUGAUGUUUUUCAGAUAAUAAUGUAUAUAGUGUAAAUUUCAAGUUAUGAAAAGUUGUGUUGCAAUUGCAAAAUACAGGCCAUGCUGUCUACACACUGUGGUUGGGCGUACUGUUACACCAGUCCUGCAUUGCGGUUCAUAACGUCAUUAUUUUUUUUGUAUAAUUCUUGUAUAUACGUACCUAAAUGAAAGCUUUAAUGUUAAUAUUUAUUGAAUUUUUAAGUGGUAUGGUGAACAAAGUAAAACACAUUUGAAAGAUG